UAUACUAUAAAAAGCCAACAUAGGUUUAAUUUGUAGUCGUACAAAAUUUUGGUUAGUUUUUUUUGGUUAGGCAUGUUUUAUUGAUUUACCCAUUUUACCCCUACUAAAAAUAUAAAGGAUACAACUAAUAACUACACUCUCGAUAGAUAUCCAAGCAUCAGUCUCCCUCUCAAUGACCAGUACACUCGAAUUUUCGCUCUGUCUGUCUCUCCACCUCGGUGCUUAGUACCUUUGUUAAACAGUUCAAGCAUCAAGAGAAGCAUCAAGAGAAAUACCGAGAUAAAAGACUAUACACAGAGGCAAACAUACCAAAUAGCUUAAAGAGCAAGAAGCUUUCUUCUCGACUUCCUUAUCCUGCCUCAAUAGCUUUGGUGUUACUUGGAUGUGGCUUGGUGUACUCAUUGAUUGUUUUCGCAAAAGGAUCACUGCUGCAUUCUCUUUAAUUUUUGUGUCUGAGAUUGGAGACAAGGUUAAUGGAACACGAUGAGGAGCGUUGGGAAAAAUUCAAAGAAGACCAGUGGAAACGUUUACGUGAUAUUGAAGAACAGAGCGUCCCGAAGAUGACGGAUUUGGAAAUUUUAGCUGGGAAACGCAGGAUUAAAUUGCAAGCUGGAAGCCGACAUAAUGUAUCCAAGAACUACUCGCAUGUGGUCGGUGAUUAUAACAUAGUGACAUCUCUGCCUGUAACGUCUGAAACUUUGGACAAUAUGGAGUCUGAAAUUAGCAAGAAACAACACCAACACACCCAGAAACGAAGGGUAAAAGACAAAGCAAAAGAAAGGACUGGCAAAAAGGAUGAUUUGAACUUGAACACAAGUUUGUCAAACUCUGAAUAUUUAAGAAAGAUUGAAUCUGAAGCUAGGGAGAAAAAGGACGAGCGCAACAAGAAACGAAGGGAAAAAUACAGAGCACAAAAAGAGGCUUCCAAACAAGAUGGUUUGAAUUUGGAGAUUGAAGCUAGGAAGAAACAUGAUCAACUCAACCAGAAGCGACGGGCAAAAUACAAAGCCCAAAAACAGACUGCUGGAAAGGACAGUGCAAUUUUAUCCCCAGUUUGGUUAACUUUUCUAGCUGAACAACGGGAAGCGCGGAACAAGAAAAGGCGUUCACAAUAUCAAAAUGCUGAACAACGGGAAGCACAGAACAAGAAAAGACGUUCACAAUAUCAAAAUGUUGGUACGGAAAAAAGAGAAGAACGCAAGAACAAACGACAUCAGGCGUAUCGAAAAGAGAAUGAAGAGCACAAUGUGGAAUGUGAUGCUUCUAAAGUAAUUGUCAGGACUCCUCAAAAAUUUGCAGCUUUACCAUUAGUGAGUAAGAGGAUGAGGAACAAGAUAAAAUCGAACAAGGCAAAAUUUGCAUCAAGCAAUUUAAUACUUGAUAUAGGAAGUGCGGAUAAAAUCUGUUGUCACUGCGGGGCUUUGAUGUGGAGGUUUGAGCAAACAGAGAAGGAAUACCUGUUGAAAUCAAAUAAGUUUUCUUUGUGUUGUGGCAAUGGAAAGGUGCGCUUGCCACUAUUACGAGAGACUCCUUCUGAGUUGAAAGCAUUACUAGAUCGGAGUAAUCCUAAAAGAACUAUGUUCCAAAAUAACAUCCGGAUGUACAACAACGCAUUCGGGUUUACUUCUGUUGGGGCUAAUAUGGAUAAAAGUAUUAAUAAUGGGCGUGGGCCUUUUGUUUAUCGUAUUCAUGGUGUACUUUACCAUCAAAUAGGUUCAUUGUUUGCUGAAGAAUCCAAGAAGCCAGUUUUCUCGCAAAUAUAUAUGUACGAUAACCAGGAACAAGUUAGCAAGCAUAUGAAUUUUCCCAAUUCUGAAGAACCCCUUGAUAGUGAAAUAACAGAAUGCCUAUCUGUGAUGUUGCACCGAGUGAAUGCUUUGGUGGAUAUAUAUAGACAAGUUCGAGAUAGAUACAAAGAAUCAGAAGUAAUUCCAGGAAAGUUGCGUUUAAUUGCAAAUAGGGACACAGAUGGUCGAGAAAGUAAUGUUCCAACCAAUGCCUACGACUUUGCAGGUUUAGUUGCAAACAGUAAUCUAGCAGAUGAUAGGGAUAUAGUUGUACACCCUCAUGAUGGAUUUCUGCACAGGAUUUCAGUACUCCAUCCAUGUUAUAUGUCCCUUCAAUACCCGCUACUAUUCCCGUGGGGUGAAGAUGGUUUCAGAAUUGAUAUCUUACAUUCAGGGGUAAGUGAAAAAUCAGGAAAUAAAAGAGAUGUGGUUACCAUCAGAGAAUACUAUUGUUACAGACUUCAAUACAGAGAUGCGGAAGGGCAUACUUUAAUUGGUGGGGGGCGAUUAUUCUUGCAGUUUGUGGUUGAUGCAUGGGCAUGUAUUGAACAUACUAGGCUUACAUGGGUCUUAACACACCAAACAAUAUUGAGGUCUGAUCUAUAUAACAAUGUUGUUGAUUCUGUUAAUAAAGGAGAUACUAAUGCUUCUACAAUUGGAAAACGGAUUGUAUUGCCAUCCUCAUUUACAGGUAGCCCCCGUUACAUGCAACAAAAUUAUCAAGAUUGUAUGGCUAUUUGCAGAAAAUUCGGAAGCCCGGAUCUGUUCAUUACAUUCACAUGCAAUCCACAGUGGCCAGAAAUCAAGGAGUAUUGUGAUAAGGUGCCACACUGUAUCCCAGCCGAUAGGCCCGAUGUUAUGGCUAGAGUGUUUAAGAUUAAGCUUGAAUUGCUUCUAGAAGAUUUGACAGAUAACCAUGUUCUUGGAAAAGUCAUUGGAGUUGCAUAUACCAUUGAAUUUCAGAAAAGGGGCUUACCCCAUGCACAUAUAAUUGUGUGGCUUGAGGAAUCUGACAAGUGUCACUCAACUGAUGACAUUGACCAGUUAAUAUGUGCUGAAAUUCCUGACAAAGAAAGUGAUGAAAUUGGUUAUGAUGCUGUUUCAAGGCAUAUGAUCCAUGGCCCAUGUGGAGCAUACAACAUAGAGUGCCCGUGCAUGAAGGAUGGAAAAUGUACCAAAUACUAUCCGAAAGAAUUCACAAAUGAAACUACAAUUGACUCCAACGGUUAUGCAGUCUACAGACGUCGGGAUCACAAGCAUACUGUACACUUCAAAGAAAAAGAUAUUGAAAUUGACAACAGGUUUGUUGUUCCAUACAACAGGGGUCUUCUUGUGAAGUAUCAGGCUCAUAUAAACAUUGAAUGGUGUAAUCAGGGGCGUUUGAUCAAGUAUAUGUUUAAAUACGUGAAUAAAGGUCCAGACAGAGCAACUGUCGUUGUUGAGACAGCUAAUGCUGUAGUUACCAAUGACACUAAACAAAUUGUCAAUGUUAAUGAGGUGGAAGAAUAUGUUUCAUGCCGCUAUCUUUCUUCUGCAGAGGCGUGUUGGCGUAUAUUUGAAUUUCCUAUUCACCAUCACAAACCGGUUGUUAUAAAAUUAGUGUUUCAUUUAGAGAAUGAACAACAAGUUUACUUUCGAGAAGACGAGACUUUGACGACAGUUGUGGACAGAAUAGACCCUAAUGCAACUAUGUUCAUUCAGUGGUUUCGAGUAAAUCGAGAAGAUCCAGCUGCUAGGGAUUUAACCUUUGUUGAGUUCCCUGAAAAAUACUUUUGGGAUAACACCGGAAAAAUAUGGCAGCGGCGAAAGAAAAAGAUGUGUGUAAUUGGUCGCAUGGUGUAUGUCCACCCCACCGCUGGUGAAAGGUUUUAUCUAAGAAUGUUGUUGAACAUUGUGAAGGGUGCAACAUCUUUUGAGGAUGUUCGCACAGUUAAUGGUGUAGUGUACAACACCUACAAAGAAGCUUGCUUUCACCAUGGUCUUUUGGAAUGUGAUGAUGAAUGGCACACUGCAAUUACAGAUGCUUCCACCCACCAAACCGGAGCUCAAUUGCGUGAGUUAUUUGUUACGCUAUUAUUAUUUUGUGAUAUCUCGGAUGUUAGAGCAUUAUGGGACAAGCAUUGGAAAUCUUUUUCUGAUGAUAUUGAGCACAGACAAAGAAAACAUUUUCCAAAUCGUGCUUUUGUUAUAAAUGACGAGCAACUUGAGAGCCUAACGCUAUAUGAUGUUGACUUGCAACUACGAAAAAGAGGUAAGACUUUAGCAGAUUUCCCAACCUUACCAAAACUAGAUCGAGAUUUACAACGACAAAGCACAAACACUCUGUUGUACGAAGAAAAUAUGUAUGACAGGCAUGCAUUAGCAGUUGAAGGAAAGAAAUGUCGCGAGAUGUUAAAUGACAAACAGGCAGAUAUUUUUGAUAAUGUCAUUAACAAUGUCAUCUGUGAGAAAGGGGGGCUAUUCUUUGUAUACGGGUAUGGUGGCACUGGAAAGACCUUUUUAUGGAAGACUAUAAUUAACACUCUCAGAUCUGAAGGAAAAAUAGUACUUGCAGUUGCAUCUUCUGGCAUUGCUUCGCUCCUAAUUGAGGGAGGCCGGACUGCACAUUCAAGAUUUAAAAUACCGAUUGACAUUGAUGAGAAUAGCACGUGUGACAUAAAACAACAGUCAUUUCUGGCAGAACUGAUUGUACAAUCUGAUUUGAUAGUAUGGGACGAAGCCCCAAUGAACCAUAAACAUGUUUUUGAGGCUGUUGACAGGUCAAUCCGUGAUCUUAUGCGACAUAAAGAUGAGAAUAACCUGACUAAACCGUUUGGAGGGAAGACAGUCUUAUUAGGUGGUGAUUUCAGGCAGAUACUUCCUGUGCUGCCCCGAAAAGGCCGUGAAGACAUUGUGAUGGCAUCUAUUAACAAGUCAUACUUAUGGGAUUAUUGUAAGGUUUUUAAACUGGAUAAAAAUAUGCGAAUAGAAUCUGAUGUUCCACCAGUGACAAUUUCAGGACAGCAGGUACCAUAUGCAGAUUGGGUUGUUAGUGUUGGCGAUGGGGUCGUGCCAACAGUACCAUCUGUUGAGGGUAAUGAACCAUGCUGGAUAGAGAUUCCUUCAGAAUUGAACCUUGAUCCUGGAGAUGAUGGGAAAAAGGCUAUUAUUGAUGCUGUGUAUGGUGAAUUAUGCAACAGCUCUAAUGAUUCAGGAUAUUUCAGGGACCGUGCUAUCUUGACUCCAUUGAAUGAAGACGUUGAUCUUAUUAACAAAGAGGUCAUGAAAAGAUUUACAGGCCAGUCCAAAAUAUAUCGAAGCGUGGAUUCAGUUUGUAAAAGCACGGUUAAUUAUGAAUCAAUGGAAACCAUGUACACAUCAGAAUAUUUGAAUUCUUUAAGAAUAGCAGGAGUACCUAAUCAUCAGCUCGAGCUCAAAAUUGGAGCUCCAAUUGUUCUGUUAAGGAAUCUGGCUCCUAGCAAGGGAUUGUGCAACGGAACACGAUUAAUUGUCACUCAAUUAUGUGCCCGAGUUAUAGAAGCUGUCAUAGUUACCGGCAAUCAUAUUGGUCAGAAGGCUUUCAUCCCACGUAUUUGUAUGCGGCCGUCAGACACAACACUUCCUUUUACACUCAAAAGAGUUCAAUUUCCCGUAUCACUCUGUUAUGCAAUGACGAUAAACAAAAGCCAAGGACAAACGCUUAAAUAUGUUGGCUUAUAUUUGCCUAGACCAGUUUUCAGCCAUGGACAGUUUUAUGUGGCGAUAUCGAGAGUAACAACACCAUUGGGGUUGCAUAUAGUGUGUGAAAAUGAAACUCACCCAUUUGUUGGCAUGACGAAAAAUGUCGUUUAUCAUGAGAUUUUUGCCAACUUGUGAUGCUAAAAAUAAAUUAGCUUCGUUUUUUUUGGGAAUUCCGCGGAUUCAUUCUUCCGUCUUGCUAAUAUUAUUUACUUAUGGAAUUUCAUUUUAGGACUACUACAUAUAGCAGAUGAUUAUAUAGAUCAGUUGGAUUGUUACCAGUAGUUGACAAUGACUUCAACAUAGCCUAUGAUUUCUACAUACAAUCUUUGUUUCUCUUUUUUUUC